GAUGCUCCUCCGCGCCGCAAAGUAGCGCCUCUCAGGAGCGGUUCCACCGGACUUUUAACGGCUCGCUAGGGAAUGAAACCCACUUACGUCAUCCGUUCGCCCACUUUACUUGAUCUCUUGCCUUGUCGACCAAAUAACUGUGAAGAAAGAGGUCCCGAGAAGAGUUUGAGGGGAGGGGUGUUGACCGGGACUCGUUUGUGAUGUUCCGUUAUCUGAAGCGGCGGAGGGAUCUGGCGGAGGGAGGUGUUUAUGAGGCGCUGGGGGCGGAGGAGGAGAAUUAGUCCGAGUGAAGCGAGCGAGUCGAGUGGUUGUGUGGUCGCGUCUCGGAAACCGGUAGCGCUUGCAGCAUGGCUGACCAACUGACUGAAGAGCAGAUUGCAGAAUUCAAAGAAGCUUUUUCACUAUUUGACAAAGAUGGUGAUGGAACUAUAACAACAAAGGAAUUGGGAACUGUAAUGAGGUCUCUUGGGCAGAAUCCCACAGAAGCAGAGUUACAGGACAUGAUUAAUGAAGUAGAUGCUGAUGGUAAUGGCACAAUUGACUUUCCUGAAUUUCUGACAAUGAUGGCGAGAAAAAUGAAAGACACAGACAGUGAAGAAGAAAUUAGAGAAGCAUUCCGUGUGUUUGAUAAGGAUGGCAAUGGCUAUAUUAGUGCUGCAGAACUUCGCCAUGUGAUGACAAACCUUGGAGAGAAAUUAACAGAUGAAGAAGUUGAUGAAAUGAUAAGGGAAGCAGAUAUUGAUGGUGAUGGUCAAGUAAACUAUGAAGAGUUUGUACAAAUGAUGACAGCAAAGUGAAGACCUUGUACAGAAUGUGUUAAAUUUCUUGUACAAAAUUGUUUAUUUGCCUUUUCUUUGUUUGUAACUUAUCUGUAAAAGGUUUCUCCCUACUGUCAAAAAAAUAUGCAUGUAUAGUAAUUAGGAUUUCAUUCCUCCAUGUUUUCUUCCCUUAUCUUACUGUCAUUGUCUUGAAACCUUAUUUUAGAAAAUUGAUCAAGUAACAUGUUGCAUGUGGCUUACUCUGGAUAUAUCUAAGCCCUUCUGCACAUCUGAAGUUAGAUGGAGUUGGUCAAAUGAGGGAACAUCUGGGUUAUGCCUUUUUUUAAAGUAGUUUUCUUUAGGAACUGUCAGCAUGUUGUUGUUGAAGUGUGGAGUUGUAACUCUGCGUGGACUAUGGACAGUCAAUAAUAUGUACUUAAAAGUUGCACUAUUGCAAAACGGGUGUAUUAUCCAGGUACUCGUACACUAUUUUUUUGUACUGCUGGUCCUGUACCAGAAACCUUUUAUUGUUACUUGCUUUUUAAACUUUGUUUUAGCCACUUAAAGAAAAUCUGCUUAUGGCACAAUUUGCCUCAAAUCCAUUCCAAGUUGUAUAUUUGUUUUCCAAUAAAAAAAUUACAACUUA